AUAUACCUCUCCACAAACUUCCAAAUAAAGAGAAUUAAUGGAAAGGGAUAUUUCAAAGGUUUUCCUUCUUCUCAAAUUCUUGUCUUCACCGUAUAUAUGAAACAACAACAACAUUGAAACACUUGCUGUUACAUUGUUUCAUUCAUGGCUGCACAUAAAAGCUAGUACCUCAUGCUCUGAUGAAUAUCUUUCACGGGAACAAACCAGCAUGUCUUUUGACCUUCAAUUCAUGAUCAUAUACAAGUCUUUAGUAUAAUCCAUGGCUCAUAUUGAUGACACCAAAUAUUUUAGCAGUCAAGUACAGAUCAAUAGCAAACAAAGAACAAGACGGUUAUUGGGUGAUCCAAUAUGAUAAUGUUUCCAACACAAAACCCCCAUAAACAACAACAACAGCAACGAUACGACGGUUACGGUUAUGGUGGUUGUAGAGAAUAUAGUUAUUGUCCUAGAUACGGAGGAGGGAGUUUUGAUCAUAUGAGGGAUGAUCAAUAUUUUUACAACGAAGCCAUUUAUUUAGAAUCUGAUAUAAUAGAGUUGGUUGGGAAUCGGUGUCAACGGCUACAACAACAUCAUAUGGCUGAAGAUGAGUCGAGAACUAGUAGUGUAAAUGAAGCAGGAUCAAGCUCAAGAGAUCCUUCUCAGCAAGAUCAGAAGCAGGGAGACGAGAAAUGGCUGCAAUUAGGACUAGGCAAUUCUGUUGCCGAGGAUUCUGAGCUCAACAAGCUCACAAACAAAGAAGUUUUGGAUGAGGAACAACCGACUCCACGAAGAGAUGACAAAUUGGUGGAACUCGAUCUCUUGUCUGGGACUGGGACACAAGAUGUGAAGUCAUUAACACCUAUUUUCCACAUGACAUCAAACGACUUCCGACCAAAUUUUCCUCCUUUUCGAUCCGGUAUUCAUAUCAACAAUAAUAGCACUACUGGUACUCGCAUCAGCAUGCCUUAUUUUAUUCAUCAUCAUCAACAGUCGAGAUCAACGAGUUUGAAUCUUUCUACACAUAAUCAUCAUCUUCAGCCUGAGCAUCAUUUCGCAUGGGCGGCAGCUGGUAAUAAUUCGUAUAACAGGUCUAAUGUAUGGAAUCCAACAGUAGGAACAUCAGCAUCCCCUUUGCCAUUGAUGAGUAAUUCUUCAUAUAACUAUUUACGAUCACCAUCAUCUUUUCAGCAACACCCUAACGUAGAUAUUGCCGGUCCUAGUAGUAGUACUACUUCCGAUAAUAUGAUGAUGAAAGUUAUCGACACGCCGCCUAGACCACACUCCGGCAUUUGGUUCGUCCUACAAGCAUCUCCAAACCAGUCAAAAGAACCAUUUUUGCCUCAGAUUCCCAAGAGCUACCUAAGAAUCAAAGACGGAAGGAUGCCAGUUAGAUUGUUGAUGAAGUAUUUGGCUAACAAACUAAGACUGAAUAGCGAAUCAGAGAUAGAGAUAAGAUGUAGAGGGCAACAGCUUGACCCAUUUUUGACGUUGCAACAUGUAAGAGAUCAUAUUUGGAAUCCAAAAGAUGAUCGUGAUCAAUUGCUGAUGAUGACUUUGCUUCAGGAUGCUUCGGCCACUACUAGUACUGAUAAUCAUGUCAUGAUUCUACAUUAUGGUACUAACUCUAAUACAAGCAGUACUGUUAAUAGGACUACUACUCCCUGAUCUUGAUCCCUCAUCCACUUAUUUGAAAAUUUACAACCCAAAAAAAAAAAAAAAAAAACAUAAUUUUUUUCUUACUAUUAUUUAUGAUCCAAUCUUCAACCGUGGUAUGUUGUAUAAUUAUUUUAUUUAUUAUUUACUUUUCAAUUGAAAGUUUUUGAGUUUUCUUUGUUUCCUCUACCGAGUACUUUUACAUUAGUAUUUGAGAGUUUCUCGCUAAUGCCAGGUUUGGUAUUACUUCUA